AUGCUACCCGAUAACAUCUACAACAGCUAUCUCGAAUACAAAAAAGACACCAAUACGUACAUCAACUGGCUCUGCAGCACUGCAACACGUAUAGGCUUUCCGCCGCCCUACAAGUCAUCGUUAGAAUCAACGGCAUCAAAAUCACAGGCCCGGAAAAAGAAGAAGCUAGAAGAGCGAGAAGUCAGUAUUAGCGGACUAAUUGCAUGUGCGGAGGCAAUCGUAGAGAAACCGCCCAGGCAAUUCGUCGUUCCUGUAUACGCUGCUCAGUGCGCUGCACGGGCUAUCAGACAACGGAAGAAGUCAUCGCAAUGGCAUGAGAGUCAGGUUGAUGGGUUGGAUGGAAUUGAGAAGGUAGUGAAAGAAGAAGAUAACGCCGGUCAUACUUUCUUCACGGAGACGCUGGAGCAUACGCUCAAUAUCUUACGACCGUUUAUAUGCAACGCGCAACACGCCAACAAGACUGGUGAUAAGGCUCAACGACAUCGUUCUAUGGAUGAUAUUACCAAUCGCUUCAGUAGGCUUGAGAUUGAGGAGUUGGCUGAUCAGGAAGUCGAGAGUGCUGCGGUUGCGGUCGCCGAGAAACCACCAACAACGUCACGGAUCAGAUACGUUGUCGAUAACAGCGAAGAAGAGCGCCAAGUCGCUAUGGAAUCCCUUCUGCAUGAUCACUUACGCAUCAAACAGGCCAUCCGCAAGGCAUGGCAAGAAUAUUUGUUGGACAGAAACCUUGACCUCAUCACGACCGCGGCAACAACUCAAGCCGGGUUGCAGAUGCUCCGGAGUCUCGUUCACGAGUUCACGAUGCAGUUCCCCGAACUCAAGUCGAUGGAAACAUUCUGCUCGGACUAUCUUCGUAAACGCAAAGACAUCCAAUCAUGUUCCGACAAAGCUAUCCCGGUAGAUACGAGCGACGCGAAUGUCCAGAUCCCAAAACACGUGGCCGAAUUCAGCUGCCUAGACACCUAUACCACUAUCCGGCAUGCGUUGAGUCGUUUCUUCCAGGAUGAAAAGUACGGCCGUCGAUACCGGGUAAUGGAGGCUAUGCUUCGAGACGGCUAUUUUGACGACUACAAAACGGACAUGCCUGCCCUACAACCACUGGUCAACGCCCUGGAAGACGUCUUAGGCAUGGAUGUCGAUGGAAUGGGCAGCUUUCAAGAUCCUCCCAUUAUGGACAACUUCACUCAACUCUGGCGAGAGUAUCUCCAGACUUUAUAUUCUGCUCCCAAACCGGAGGGACAAGAAAAGAGGGAACUUCCUGAUCUGAGCGUGGAACUGGUCCUCUGUACGGAUCUAUACCUGAAGGUACAAGAGGUCGUCACACUUGCCGAACCAAACAUCAUAAGAGACGACUACAAGAACAACUGGGCAUACAAGAAUUACUAUCAGAAUGACAGCGACUCUGGUCAUAUCCUGGAGUUAUUAAAAGAAUACCCAUUCACAUCAAAUUCAAUCCAGGCUCACUGGCUUCACAAUAAGCUAAAAGACCCCUUGAGAGCUAUCUCGGAAGAAAAUGGAAAUGGCUACACACCGCCCGCGUGGGACAACGAAGACACUAUACCCUUACACAUUAUCUGGCACGAGAGUCGCCAUCAAGAGAGAACCAGUAGCUUGAACUACGAAACGAGAAAAGUGAACUCACAGCCGACGUAUAGGGCGGCGAGUGUUAUAGAGGAGACAUUGUUGAGUAGCAACUCAAGGCCAAAAGUACCAUCUUUUGGUACGAGAAAGUUUGAGGAGAUGGUAAAGGAAUUCCACUGCAUAAACCCCCUCGACACAGAGCAAGAAGAGUUUCACGCUCAACACUGGGCCGAGUGGGUACUAGCCGACGAAGAAGCGGUGCAGAAGUCUGCAGAUGAGGUUCUACAUCGAGAAGGCACGACAAAACUGUGUCUACCACCUUCGUUCCGUGAACUCACCGCCAGUCCCUCAACCGCUGAAAGCUCGCCCAACCUACCAGACGAAGAGCCCAACACGCAAAACCAGCAGAACGAGAUUUCUACACCCGAUGCCAACAAAGCUGCCCUCGAAGGAAUACUCCGGCUUUUGCGCCAGGCUAGAGCGGACAACGAUCAGAUGAAGACGCCGGAGUUGGUACAUGAAGCUUUUGCUAGGCUGGGGGCGCUGGGAGGGGAUCAUGUGUUGGCCCCGGAGGAUCAUCAGGAGAUUGUUGAGGCUGCUGAGGAGUUUAUGGGGAAGGGUGUGAGUAAAGAUGGGCAGGGCCGUGUUUACUAUGUGAGGGUUGGACAGGCUGUUCAACAGCCCCACAAGACAGGGUGCUAG